AGCGAAAGUUCCGGAAAGAGGAAAGCGAGGUAUCGAGCGCUGGGGGACGCCGAGGGAACGGCACUGAAGGUUGCCGGUUGAAGUCUCAAGGCGAAAACCUGCCACCGUGCACUCCAGCUCUCGAGGUUCUGAUCAAAGCGAACGGUGCCGCAUUGAUUUCUCCACAUGUGGAAGAAACUUCAUUUGUAAAACAACAUGAGCUACCUAAGCUGACCUGGACGAGUGCAUCAGCAGGACAAAUAAAUAAUGCAACAUAAUGCUUGUAAACGUGAACCUGAUACGCUCCAUCGAUCAGGAGUGCUGCUAUUAGUGUCCGGGGGCCGUUGGGAAGGAGAUCUUAGCAGUGUUGGAAUCUUCCUUAGGAGGCCUUCAAUUUCUUCACCUUCCUAGGACUGGGGAGAAGGGGUAGCAUGAGGUCAUUUAAGGAUUUAUUUUUAUCUGACUUCAUUCAUAUACUGUACACAACUGUCACAUUUGCAUGUAGUCGCUUAAAUGACAUCACAUUGGACACUGGAAUCAUUUUUCACUCAACCUGAGAAAGUAAACCGUGUAUGACUGACAACCUAAAGCACAACAUAAGGAAAGUGUCAAGACAUGACUGCAAGUGUCAAGCCUACACUCCUCUUGUGAUUUUGAUGGCUAAGUUUAGAGGAUUAAUUUACCUGCACUUUUAAAUGAUGUGCUGCUCCUGGGUUUUUACCUGCAUUGACAAAAACAAGACAAGCUUCAUACUUUUUUAGAUUUCGCCCCACAGUAUUGAUUUCACGGCUCCAGUGGGACUGGGAGAGAGAUUUUGCACUCUUGCCAAACGCCAUUUUGCCUUGGGCUCCGCCCACAUUUACAGAGCGCCACGGCAACACCGUCUGCCCUGCUGAUCGAUGAGCCCUAAUGGCCCCCAUCAAGCUCAGCCACCCAGCUCGAGCCAACUCAGUUUCCUGCAUUCCAGUCAUACCAGGGGAAAAAAAUCACUGCUACGGUCUGUCUGAGUCGAGUCGAGUCGAGUGAGAAUGGGACGCUCCUCCAAAGACAAGCGUGACAUUUAUUACCGGCUAGCCAAAGAAGAGGGAUGGCGGGCCAGGAGUGCCUUUAAACUGCUCCAACUGGAUGAGGAGUUCAACCUCUUCAAAGGUGUUCGGCGAGCUGUGGAUCUUUGCGCUGCUCCGGGGAGUUGGAGCCAGGUCCUCAGCCGUAAACUCCGAGGGAAGGAGGAGAAGAGUGAGGAUGUGAAGAUCGUAGCGGUGGACCUCCAAGCCAUGGCCCCUCUUCCUGGGGUCACUCAGAUACAGGGUGACAUCACUAAGAUCAGCACUGCACAGGAAAUGAUCAGGCACUUUGAGGGCCAGCCCGCUGACCUUGUGGUGUGCGAUGGCGCUCCCGAUGUGACUGGCCUCCAUGAUGUUGACGAAUAUAUUCAGGCCCAGCUUCUACUUGCUGCCCUGAACAUUACAACUCACGUUCUCAAACCAGGGGGCACCUUUGUGGCAAAGAUAUUUCGGGGGAAGGACGUGACCCUCCUGUACUCCCAGCUGAAGAUCUUCUUCAGUGGCGUGACAUGCGCCAAGCCUCGGAGCAGCCGAAACUCCAGCAUCGAGGCGUUUGUGGUGUGUGAGAACUACUCCCCUCCAGAAGGAUAUGUCCCAAACAUGUCCAAUCCUCUCCUGGACCACUGCUACGAUGUGGACUUUAAUCAGCUGGAGGGCCCGAACCGGAUCAUCGUCCCCUUCCUGGCCUGCGGUGACCUCAGCGCCUUCGACUCGGAUCGCACCUACCCGCUCCAGCUGGAUCCCAGUAAAGAAUACCGCUACACGCCCCCCACCCAGCCCCCCAUAUGCCCGCCCUACCAGCAGGCCUGUCACCUCCGCAAGAACAACCUGCUGGCCAAGGAGGAAUCUCCCUCCGUCCCAUUGGAUGGGGCAUUCUCCACCCUGCAUCUCUCUGCCAAUCAGGACGAGGGGACGUCGGCAGCAGCACCUUCGUGCGAAGUCGGCGCUCAAUUGGCACCGGAACAGGAAGUGGAAUGACCGAAAUAAAAGUUUGCUAGCACCAGGGAACUAUUAUCUGAAGCGGUUUUGAACAUUCCCAAGAUAUUUUAUUUGGCUUCUCAGUGUAUUAGCCCUGACCUGGCUCUUUAAAAGUGAAUGAAAGCUCUGAUGUAAAAGUGGCUGAACAAACCAAUUUAACUUGAAUGUGGAGUUUGAUAAGAGACGAUGAACAAGCCGCGCAUCACCAUGACAAACUCUCUAGUUUCAAGGAGAAUUUAGAGUUGACCCAAACAGCACGAACCCUUCAGACUGCCUGACCACUGCCCUUCUGAGGAGAGGUGUAAUUUUGUUACGAUGUUACUUUUCACUUGAAUACUAGUUUUUGAAAAUACAUAUUUUAAACAUUGUUUUUAAGUGCUGAGUAAAUCAAGUUUUUUUUUUUUUUAUGGAACUAACAAGUAAUGUAGAAUAUUAUGUAUUUAUCUCCAAUAAAGAAACCAUGCUCAAAUUUGAAA